GAAACGGUGCUGCCUACUAAGACGCAAUUCUUCCUCUGAUACGAUUAAGCAAGGCAUAGCUUUUUUUUUCUUUAGACCGGGACGUACGGUACACAUCAUAGACACACACAGAGAUCUUUAAUAUCCUUCAAUAUACAAACAAUGGCCUUCCUCAUCCUCGUAAUCGGGGAUCUUCACAUUCCCGACCGUGCCCUCGAUAUACCACAAAAGUUUAAGAAGCUCCUCUCUCCCGGGAAGAUCGGACAGACGCUCUGCCUCGGCAACCUGACGGACAAGCCCACAUACGAAUACCUGCGAUCGAUCGCGCCCGACCUAAAAAUCGUCAAAGGCCGCUUCGACGUUGAGGCCGCCUCCCUCCCCCUAUCGCAGGUGGUGACGCACGGAUCUCUGCGCAUCGGGUUCGUGGAAGGAUUCACGCUUGUAUCGACGGAGCCAGACUUGUUGCUGGCCGAGGCGAAUAAGCUGGACGUGGACGUGCUGUGCUGGGGAGGUACCCACCGCUUCGAUGCUUUCGAGUACAUGGACAAGUUCUUCGUGAAUCCCGGCAGCGCCACGGGAGCCUACACGACAGGCUGGACUAAGGAGGGCGAAGAUAUGGUGCCUAGCUUCUGUCUGAUGGAUGUUCAAGGUAUAUCACUCACACUCUACGUCUACCAGCUGAGAAAAGAUGCGAAUGGGGUGGAGAACGUCGCCGUAGAGAAGGUGACUUACACAAAACCUGUAGAGCCCACAGGAGGGUCAUCGUAAUUUUAAGAAGAGGCUAUUUAGAUUAACAAGUUCUCCGAGAGUCAACUGAUGAACCAGAACACGAUGUACUCCUACGAUACAUAGGAGCAGGUUUAUACCCUUGAUUAAUGAAACGACCCAACAUUAACAAGUUGGCAGACAAACGAAGAAGACUUGAUUUGGUAUCCUGUGCACUCCUAAAGAGU